GAAAAUUCUUUUAGUGAGCAGACGCACGUGGUGUUAACUUGUGCAUGGAUGUUUGCAUGAUGCGAGCCCACGUGUCUUUAUCGUGAUUUGUAUAAUAAUUGAGUCUCUUCUUUUCAUUCAGGAUCAGCAUUCAGCAGUCGUUUGUUGGGAGAACGAGCCUCAAGCUUUCAUUUCAUGGAAGAGCGACAAACAGUGUACCAGCAGCGGCGUCCUGUCGCCUCUCACGGAAUGCGCCGUGAUUCGAGCGCCUCGCAAUGGAGUACGACGGCUGUGAUUGCCACGAGCAAGUGCAGUAGCGAAGACAUCGUGAGCGAAACGCACCCUUCGAGACGUCACUGCCAGACACUCGAAGGACCAGGUGUCGCCGAGACAGUCUUCAGUGUGCCGGAUAGCAAGGACUUUGUCUUGGACUUCAGCGGCCGCCUCUCCGGCAGCCAGCAGUGCCUUAGCCGUCGCCGCAGAGAUGUUUUGAGGUCUAAGCGAAUGCUUCUCCGCCGCAAGCGCAAAUCGACGGACCUGCCAAAAGAGGGCGCUCGAAUCGAAGACGAAGCUUGCGUGCUACCUAUCCCUGACCCCAACGUCCAUCUUGGAGGCGACGCAUGCGAGAAGACCCGACGCUUGCCUCUCGAUAAGGCCUGGGUAGACAGAGUGGACGAGACGUCAAGACAUAACCCGCUUUUGGCAAUUGAUGUCUCGUUUCGACUCAGGCGCUCGACGUCCAAACCGGGGCUUGUGUGGAAACUAAGCAGAUUCUGCGCGGAACGGGGCGACAGUCUGCGAAACCUCUUGUUCACUCGACACGAGCAGGUUGCCGUCGCGGAAACUGCUCGCCCUGACCAAAGUGAAUUGGGGAAGCCUAAGAAACACGGUGAUGGCAGUUCCCCGAGCGAGGACAACGAGAAAAGCCGCAAGGGUGACAGCGACAAAAGCCAAGAAAAGCAACGCGAGUCUUCUAGUCAGGCUCAAGACGCUGAUCCAAUAGGCGAGGAUGAAAAUGAUCAACCGGGAGGCCAAGAGGGGGUUGCAGAUGCUUCUCGCACUGCGGGUGCCGCCGGACAAGGUGCUGAGGCCCGAGUUACCAAGAGCCAUGAGCACGGAAGUCGAGCACGGGAGCUUGAAGCAAUAAUCAUGGAGGAAAAAGAAAAAGCAAAAGACCUCAGAGCGGCUGUGCUAUUGGCACUGACGUAUGGUGCCAGUUUCGGAGCGGCUGCCGCGUACGGGGCAUCAAACGCUAACGACUACUUCAAAAAGUACAUAGAAAUGAACGUCAAACUGCCAAGCGCCACCUUGAACGUCUACAUGUGGCUUCUCGUACACGUCCCGUUCUGCUUCGCACUCAUGAUCAUCGCCGCCAGAAUAAUUUAUUACGUCCACACUCGGAACUACGACGUCAUGGAGACUGCCACAGCCCCGAAGAGCAACGUCGUCAUUCGGGACCGACUGCACAUCAUGGGACAAGUCAGCUACGGCGAGUACAUCUCCGCCUUCCUUGUUGGCACGGCCAUGGUCCUGCUGAUUUUUCGGGAGCCAACAUUCAUGAAAUAUGGAUGGGGAGAUUGGCUCGGAAUUGAAAGGGAGGUGACAGACGCAUCGGUUGGUAUCAUCGUGGGUAUGCUGGCCUUUCUUUUUCCCGCGGACAUCCUCCCCGAGGCACACCAGACGCAGAUAAUCGAGUGGGCCGAUAUGCUUAAGCGCCUGCCUUGGGGCGUCAUCUUCAUCCUGGGCAGCUCCUCCACGGUCACCACGGCAAUAGAGAAUAACGGCGUGUACAAGAUGCUGGAGGAGAAGCUGUUCAACCUCGCCCUGCCGCCUUUCUACCACCAGUACAUCUCGGUACUGAUUAUGGGCUGCUUCGGCGAAUUGACCACAUUCAAGAGCCGGCUGCGCCACUUCACCAGGAUCGGAUACAGGAUAUCCCGCAAGCUGCGCCGAGACCCGCUCUUCUUCCUACUUCCGGUGAGCAUGGUGUGCCAGCUGAGCCUGAUCCUUCCGUCGGCGAGCCCAAACAACGCCAUGGCCUUUGAAUUGGGCAGCAUGACGUCGCUUCAAAUGAUCGUGCCCGGCUUCAUCACCAAGGCGCUGACGAUCGUGCUCUACAUGACGCUGAUAGACUUCACCGUCUCGCCGAAUCAACUGUCCGAUGUGCAAGGCUUCGUGAACGGCACAAGUGGCUUGGCAUCUGGUGAUCCAGAUGCAGUCGGUGUGGCCAUUGACGUUGCGCAGGUCGCAUUCGAGUGA